AUGGGCUACAACGGUGCUCCUGGAACCGGGCCUCAAGAUGGUGCGUUAUGCACCUACAAGAUCGUGCCGGUUGUGCAACUGGCAAGAAUUUCGCCCAAGAUAUCAUGGGUCGAAGCCGGCACAAUCCAACCAUUUGCAAUCGCUCUGCAGAUGGCGAGACAGGCAGGUCUUACAGCGAACCAGAAUGUCAUGAUUUUAGGAGGUGGGUGCAUUGGGCUCUUGCUUGGUGCAAUCAGCAAAGCGUACUCUGCCAAGAAGGUUGCCAUCCUCGAAAUUCAGCCACAUCGUGCCGAAUUUGCGAAGUCGUACUGCGCCGACUAUGUCUUCGUCAACCCGUCACGCGCAGGUGAGAGCGAAACGACCGAAGAAUAUUCCCAACGUGUGUCCCAACACAUUCUCAGCUCAGUGGACGGGCUCUAUCGUGGCUUUGACGUUGUAGUCGAAGCUGCUGGUGCGGAGGAGUGCAUGCAAAUCGGUCUCCAGGUUGUCAGACCGGGAGGAACUUGUGAGAACCCUGCGUCCUAG